AUGGUUGGACAUGCCAAACACUCGGCACCUGUCUUGAUUAUAUUGUUAGUUUUUGGGAUUGCAGUUUUAGUAAUCAGGUUUACGCAAGUGUACAUAGACAACCGAGUCUUCCGACAAAAGGAUUUCCUUCAGACACUGAAUAACUUAUCAGCUCAGAUUCCAUUCGAAAAGAUACACAAUGACUAUGAGUUCAAAGAGUUCUCCAAUGUACUGAAGUCAAUGCCGAAAGCGCCCUACCUGAUUUUGUAUGACUCCUCCAAUGUUGACGUUGUCCUCAAUCAUAUUUGCAAUCUCAAAUUCAUUCCCAACACCUUAUCUCGACUGGUUGCCGUUGCUUUUGAUGAACAAGCGGAGCUCAUACUCCGACAAAAACAUCCGAUGAUCCCAAAUGUUCUUAUUGAUUUAAAACCUUUGGUGGACUCUUUGCACCCCCAGAAACAGAAUCGUGGAUACCUAAUUUACACUUUGGCAUUGGUGGUGCACUCUAAGAUCUGUGCUAGUCUAGCUCUUCAAGGAAUAGACUUCUGGUCCAUGCAUCAGGACACACUGUGGACUCAGAACUUUGAUAUGAUGAAUGUGGAGGAUAGAUAUCCAGAUGCCAACAUGUUGUUUGAUACAAUUGGGAAUGAGAAUCCUCUUUAUCAUAGAAUGAGAGACUGGGUGUGUGGCGCCACGUUUUUCGUUAGAGGAAAUCCGACAACAUUUCAAUUUUUCAGUCAGGUUGAAUCUUUUAUGCUCUCCUAUCAAAGUCCCGACUCAUCCAUUAUGACCUAUCUUUGUGGCCACCAUCACUACAAAUGCGAGUUCCUUCCGCAGUGGAUGGUGUCUUCAUUCAACUAUUUCGAAGGACCGCGCGACAACGUUCCUGUUCUGAUUCAGCUAGAUGGUGGCAAGAAAACCGGAGAGACUAAAAUGGAUGUGUUGAGAAGAGGUCAUUUCGUGUUUCGGCAUGAAAAUGGAACGUGUGAUGAGAGAUCUUUUCACAAGUUGAGAGAAUUCGUCAAGUUUGGUUUCCCGGAUGUCAUCAGAAAAGAUGGGUCACUAAAAGAAAAUUGGUUUUCAAAAACCAUCUACUUUUUCAAAAACCUGUUUAACAUUGACCCAUGGAACCGAAAGUUCUACUUGACUAUUCAUCAGACACUGAUCUAA